ACUAUUACAAAUAAUUUUUUAGUUCCUGUUAGGAUGUUGUCGGGUAGCUCGAUUUAUAUUGAGCUUUUGUUUCUCGUGCUUUUAUCACAUUCUAGUAGCGAUGUACACGGGAUUACAGAAACAACUGGUUAUGCGACCUCGUCACAAUCUUCGGAGACAGAAGAAACAGAAGCGACUGAUUAUUCUGAUGACAUAAUUUUUUCAGUCAUGAAUAUAUCUUACAAUGACAUGACUGCCAACGGUACUAGUUUACCAUAUUUACCUACAACAACAACAACAACCGAUGAACCUAACUCGACAACAUGGGAAUCAGCCACUAUAGUACUUCAAAACACAACAGAUCAUUCAAAUGAUUCGACUGUAGCGAUAGAAACAACGGAAACAGCUGCAACAAUGGGAGUGACAACAAAAGAAUUGGAGAUAACAACAGUAACAGCGGCAACAACGGUUGUACCUAUUCCAAAUGUACACAAAUUUUCGCUGAAAAAUGGAAGCUCUUACUGCUUUCUGUUUCAAAGCGAUAUCAAAUUUCAAAUUUUCUAUCACAGUCAGAUUUGCAUGAACCUGAUGUUUAGUGUGAUGUGCAUAAAUAUCAUCAACACUGAAUUGAUAUCCAAAGAAGUAUCCCAAAAGGGUAUAACGAAUAUUUAUUAUACCAAUAAACUGGUAAAAUCUUACGAAUUUACUGUAUCUAAUGCUACUAUUAACGAUAAUGAAAGCGUAUGUAGUGAACAUUAUACAAAAUUAUCACUCACAUUCAUACCAUAUGGACAAAACGAAGAGCAUAAGUGGACUUUAGUUCUUUUGUUUAAUCUUAUGGAACCAAACAAAACUUCAAAUGAUGCGACUACUGUGAGAUCUACUUAUACAUUGAACAGUUUAAUAUUAAAUUAUUAUAUGGAUAAGACUUUAUUUCCGGAUUCAUUGACACCAGGUCAAUAUGCUAAUGUGUCCAGUAAUAAUAUGGUAUUUAGAAUACCUGUUGGAUCAUAUUAUUCAUGUUUGAUUGUACCGGAAAUUACCCUGACUGGAAAUGAAAAAAUCUUGAAUAGUUGCAAGUUAUUUAUGAAAAAUUUGAAAGUAGAAGCAUUCAUGAACAAUUCUGUGGAAGCAUUUAUUGGAAACGAAACGUUAUGUGAUUCAGAUGUUAAUGUUAAUAAUAUGGUACCUAUUGGUGUUGGUAUUGCACUAAUUGUCUGUAUUGUGGUUGCCAUAACUGUAUUUAUUGUUUUCAGCAAACGCAAUCGUCGUAGUUACACUACACUUUAACUAAAUGAGUUCCCUUCAUGUACGAAUUUAUUUUAUAUAGUGUUUCGCAUUCUUAUGUGUUUUUAGGUAUUUGCACGUUUGUAUGUAUGUAUGAUUAAGUAUACGUUUUCCAGCAUGGGGAUUACUAACUGAACUGACUAUCAUUUGACACAUUCAGGUAUUUCAUCUAACCUGUCGUGUUUUACUGACAACUCAAUUUGUGUUUAAAUAUUUUAACAUUUCCAAUAUCUUCCAUUACUAUUACCGAACAAUUCAGUCAAUUUACGAUUACAUGAUGUGAUUUUUAUCAACAUUAUAUACAAUGUAUGACGUUUUUCAAGUGGAUUUCAUUGAAUUUUCUAUGCGACAUGUCAAUCAUUACCACCUUCGCUACUGUUUUUUUCUCUUGACACUUAUCUAUUCACAUUUUCUUAUAUGCAAUGUUUUUUUUGUAAUAAUUUUAACCACCUAAAUAAAACACAAUACAUAUUAUUUUUAGAUAA